AUGGAUGACGAAAAAGGGCCUAUUGUACAUGGCAACGAAAGUAAACAGUUCAAAAGAAGAGGGAAACACCAAGCCAUCAACAUCCAGCAAAAUUACGCCACCAAGGCCACGGCGAAUGCUACGAUUGUUGUCGAGAACUUGACAGAUGCCUUUCCGGCGGCACCAGUAAAGACAGGGGCAACAGCACUGCUGGUACUUCCCUGGAAAGUGCUGACCGAGGCAGCGGUGGCACCGGUUCUACUCCAGAGGAAAGAAGGAGUACAUACCAUACCCCACUAA